CUUUGUUUGUCAAGGAGUAAAAAAUAGAUGUCUUUGUUUUCGUUUGUUGAAUUUCAUGUCGAAACGUUGCUUUGUUAUGAACGGUGUAAUUUCGAUUUUGGGAGAAAGGUCAUUUAAACUUAGAGAUAGCUUUUGUUAAAAAGCAAAGAUUUAAACAUGUCUGCAAAUGAUUCUCAGAAAGCUGAGGCUUCUAAAGACAACAUAUCAAAUAAUUCGAUCGAUGAAGGCUUACCAAGAGAGCUAAGUCAGUUAAGUCUUUCAAGUGCUUCAAGUCAAGAAGAAUUCUUUUGUGACAAAGGACAUUCUGGAAUAGCAUUGAAAAAUAUAUUCAGCUAUUAUCAAUCACAAAAAUUAUGCGACGUCGCCCUAAUCGCCGGAGGAUGCAGGAUACCCGCACACAAAAUACUUCUGGCAUCAUGCAGCGAGUACUUUGCUGCAAUGUUCACAGGAUCCCUAAGAGAGGCCCAGUCCAGUGAGAUAACACUUGAGAGAGUUGAUCCACAAGCACUACAAGACCUUGUGCACUAUUGUUACACUGGCACCAUAGAACUGAGAGAGGAGACAGUUGAAGUUCUUCUCUCCACAUCCAGCUUGUUGCAGCUUACUUCAGUCACAGAAGCUUGUUGUGCUUUUUUACUGCGGCAGUUGGACCCCUGUAAUUGUCUGGGAAUAGCUUUAUUUGCGGAACAGCAAUCCUGUCUGGAUUUACACAAAAGCGCUUUGAAAUACACAUACCAACACUUUAUGCAGGUGGUGAAACAUCAAGAAUUCUUAGCUCUGCAAGCUGACCAGUUGGCCAACUUGCUGAAGUCAGAUGAUCUUAAUGUAGUGACUGAAGAAAAUGUGUUCGAGAGUCUCAUGACAUGGGUACAACAUGACAGUGCCAAAAGGGAAAGCCAUUUAGCUACACUACUGAAGCUAGUUAAACUGCCACUACUUUCAUCAGAGUACUUAAUAGACAAAGUGGAGCUGGCUUGUGGUAAUGUCCCAGAAUGUCAACCCCUUAUAAUGGAGGCUGUGAAGUGGCAUCUCUUACCGGAACGACGAUCUCUCCUGUUCUCACAUCGCACACGGCCGCGUACGUCUACUAUUGGUCGGCUUCUAGCCAUCGGUGGCAUGGAUGGAUACAAGGGUGCCAGCAAUAUGGAGAUGUACGACCCCAGAACAAACACAUGGACCCCAUUUAUGAGAAUGGGAGCUAGGAGGUUACAGUUUGGAGUGGCAGUGAUGCAAAACAAACUUGUUGUAGUUGGUGGCAGAGAUGGUCUUAAGACUUUGAAUACGGUGGAAUGCUUUGAUCUCACUUCAUUGAGCUGGAGUGUCCUGGCUCCUAUGAAUACACAUAGACAUGGCCUUGGUGUGGCCGUACUUGGAGAAGGUCCAAACUCGCCGGUAUACGCCGUCGGCGGACACGACGGAUGGAUAUACUUGAAUUCUGUAGAAAGAUGGGACGCGUGCUCGCGCUCGUGGACGAUGGUGUCGCCGAUGGCGGGCGCGCGCAGCACGUGCGGCGUGGCGGCGCUGCGCGGGCGCCUGUUCGCGGUGGGCGGCCGCGACGGCGGCGCCUGUCUGCGCUCCGUCGAGUGCUACGACCCCAACACCAACCACUGGACCAACUGCGCGCCCAUGACGCGCCGCCGCGGGGGCGUCAGCGUAUGCGCUGCAGGAAACUACUUAUACGCUCUCGGUGGUCAUGAAGCACCUGCCAAUACUGUCGGUGGUCGACUGGCGUGCGUCGAGCGGUAUGAUCCAGUCGCCGAUUCCUGGGUCCUGCUAGCCCGCCUCUCGUACGGAAGGGAUGCCAUAGGAUCCUGUCUACUAGGGGAUCGGAUUGUCGCUGUCGGAGGCUACGAUGGAGUUCAAUACCUGUGUGUGGUGGAGGUGUACGACUCGGAGUCCAACUGCUGGCGCAAGCUGGCGCCGCUGAGUACAGGCCGCGCGGGCGCCGCCGUGGUCGCCGUGCCUGCGCCCAAAAACUCCUUCUGAUAUUACACCAACCACCGCCUACAAACCUACGCAGUAACAACGCCGGUGGAAACUGCUAAUUUUAUCUCUAUAUUCUCAUUAUCCGACGAUGAUGAUGAUUGCCGCUACUAUUGAAGCCUCUCACAUCAUCUCCUACACAUUGACAUUUUGACAGUUUAAAAUUAUAUGUGGUUGAUGUUGAAGGAUAUUUUAUAACUGCGAUAGUCGUGACCGUUUAUAUAUAGAAAAAUGUAAGGUUUAACUGAUUAUUGAUAGACCUAAACUCUCGACUGUAAAGACUUUCUACUGUAAAUUACAAGAUACAUUAGGCACAUUUUUCUUAGCGAUUGAAUUCAAUGUUUUAACUAAAUAGAGAUAGAAUAGUGUCACUGGCCGCAUAUUAUUAUUGCUGUGCUUUUUAUAUAAAAAAAUAUAGCUUUAUUUUGAUUAUAUUUUAUAAUUUGCAAGACUGUUAAAAAUGUUAUUCCAUUUCACGAAUUUAAAAGGUAACUAGAAUUAUGUAUUGUAUUUAGUAUAUGUAAUAUUUUUUUGUGAUCAGAGAUUGUUGUAGUUUAUUUUUCUAUAAAUUUCUAGAUGUGGUUCUGAUAGUUUUAUCUUGAUAAUAUUUUAUGCUGAUAAAUGAUGUUAAUAUCCGACCCCAGAUGUAUGGGAACAGGGAAGAAGAAGUUAGAAGAAUAAUGUUAUAUCAAGUAAGACAUUUCUUAUUGUCGACUUAAUAAACUAUUUCUAGUGAAUCAACUAAUAAAAAAACUAACGAGUGCUGUAUUCAUAAUUGGUAAAGAUCUCAAUACUAAAACAAUGCAAAAGUUAAUAAUAAUAGGUUUAGUUAUGUAAUUGUAAUGACUUAAUUAGGAGACUGUUUUAAUGUAUAGCUUUUAAUCACUGAUUUAAUUGCAAGGGAAGCGCCGAACAAUUAUUUCCCAUUUGGUCUUUCUCAUCUAACAUUAAGGUAUUCCAGGUUGAAUAUAUACUGAACUUAUACAGGUAAAUUGUUCCAGUUUAAUCAAAUUAUUAAAAUUAGUUUUUUUUUCAUAUUCGGCAAGUAUGGUGAACGCUUUUUAUUUUUAAUGAAACCAUGACGCUGCAUCUGGCACCUUUUAAUGAAUCAAGAAAUCAAUUAAUGAAUUACUCAAACUGUAAUGAAAUAAAAUAUCGUUUUUGCUUAAAGAACCAAAAUGUAGAAAGCCUCCGUUAUGAUAAGACCUUAAAUUUUGUUAUAUCUGUAUGUAUCUAAAAAUGUUCACUUUUAAAAACAUUUUCUUUUUACUUUGGUAGAGACAAGAUUAGAUCGAUGAAUAGCUAAAAAUGUACAAAAAAAUAACUCGUUUUCAUGUUAAAUAUAUUUAUAUGAAUAAUAUUACAUAUGGAGAAAUAUUUAUCUCAACUCAGAUUUAUUUUUCUUCAAUAGACGACAUUAUUCGUAUUUCGUACUUUUAUACUAUUUUUAAGGGUUGUGUACUAUUGUUUAUAAUAAAAGCUAUUUUUAUAUAAAUCGAUAUCCAUAUCUAAAAUAAAUUUAUUUGUUGGUCUACUUUAGAGCUUUGUAGUCUUGUUGGCAGUUUUGAUCUGAGCUAAGCUCGAAUAUGUCAUAAACAAACUAAUAUUAAACAAAAUUUUCAUGUAAGUAUACUUGAACUCAAUUAAACCAACUCUGUAAUUAUUGAAAGCAGUUAUGACUGAAUAUUAGUGCAUGGAUCAUUUUUAUCACUAAUGAAAAGUCUGACUCAAAUAUGUAGUUUAAUUGAGUCCAAAUAUUCAGAAGUGUAAAGGACUGUAGACACUCUAUAUUUUGUUAAUAUGUAUUUAGGUUUUAGGCAGUGUCUGGGGUACACUAUCUAGCCAUUGAGUGAUAUAAUAAUAAUAUAUAGUUAAAAAUUAAUGUCGGUCCCCUUUAUUUCUAUUGUAAAAUGGGAGGCUUUCAUGUAACUGAAUUUUUUAUAUUCCUAUAUUUUUGUCUAUCAUUAGUGUGUAUUUUCUACUUUCCUUUAUGGCUAUCAGUAUUAUUCUACAUUUAUUUUUUACUUUUUGGUACUUUAAUAUGAAUUUUUAGAGGACCAUCCUGUGAUGUUAGUGGUAGUAAAUUGAUAGGGUAUAAAUUCUGAUAAGUUAGAAGUGUGAAUAAAAUUCUAUAUGCAAAGUAGUCUUAGUGGAUACAUUUUAAAAAUCAUGUGAUUCAAUGUAGCAGCUUAUUGUAACUUAUUGUAACAAGGAAAUGAUUUAGGUGCUCGUACAUCAAAAGUCGUUUCAGUCAUUACUAGAUGAAACCAUCACAAAAUCUACGCCAUUGAGCAACUUUAGAUAUAGUAUUUACUACUAAAGAAAUAUCAUACUCUAACUGAUGGCUUCUUUGGAGAAAGUGAGUUUGCAGAAACAUAGGCCUAAACUGUAAAGACUCAUGUGCUACUUGCUAUGGAGGAGCUGUGGAUGGAUAGGGUGAUAGUAAAUUUUAUGUUUAGGAAAAAUAUAUUUAUUUUUCUUCCUGUAAUUUAAUUCUCAAUAUCAUUCAAAUUCUACAUUAUAUUAUCUAUGUUCCUGUAACUACCCUCAGAUGUGCUAAUUUCAGAAUUUUUACUUAAGGUGACUGUAUUUUGCGUAGUGUUUAGUGACAAGAAAAUAUGUAUUUAACUUGUUGCCAAAAUAAUCACAUAUUCGAAGUUCUUCUUCACUGUAAUGAUAAUAAAUGUAAUAAAUAUCGUGGUAGUAAA